AUGGGAGUCCUGGUGGACAAGCAGCUGCCCCUGAACCAGCAAUGUGUCCCGGGGGGCAAGAAGGCCUAUAGUAUCCCAGAGUGCAUGAGGAAAGGCACUGCCAGAAGGGCCGUUUUCCCGCCCCGUUCCCAGAUCAGCGCCGUGCGGCUCCCGCGGGAACCGACCAACCCCGAGCGCUUGAAAGGCUUCGGAUACGCGGAAUUCGAGGACAUCGACUCCCUCUUCCAGGCCCUGAGCCUCAACGAGGAGUCUUUAGGGAACAGAAGGAUACGAGUGGAUGUGGCGGAUCAAGCUCAGGAUAAAGACCGGGACGAUCGCUGUUUCGGGCGGGACCGGGACCGUUUCCGGGACUCGGAGCGCCUGGAGAGCGACUGGAGAGCUCGGCCGGCGGCUCCCGACGCCUUCGACGACUUCCCGCCCCGCCGGGGCGACGACGGAUUCGGGGACAGAUACCGGGACCGUUACGACGACCGGUACCGGGAUGGGCCCCGGCGGGACCUGGAUCGGGGCUUCGGGAGCCGGGAUCGCUACGACGACCGGAGCCGGGACUACGACCGAGGAGCAGCCAAUCCCUCUGGGAACGCCGAGACAUUCCCAUGGGGGGGCGGGACAUUCCCGUGGGAUCACCCCUUCUCCACCCCCUUCCCAGGUCCCACCCAGAGGCCGAAGCUGAACCUGAAGCCCCGGAGCGCUCCCAAGGAAGAGGAAAACUCGGGAAUCGCCGCCCAGUCCUCCCGCGCCGCCUCCAUCUUCGGGGGGGCCAAACCCGUGGACACGGCGGCCAGGGAGAGGGAGGUGGAGGAGAGGCUCCAGAAGGAGCAGGAGAAGCUCCAGAGGCAGCUGGAGGACGACAAGAGGAUGGACAGGAGACCCCGGGAAAGGCACCCGGCGGAGGGAGAGCGAGAAAUCCCUGGAAAACGAGCCGGUGGGGGGAGGGGGGAAGGAGGAGGAGCCGGGCUCUCCGCCCCUCCCCCCCCCUUCCCAAAUUCCCAAAUCCCGGGAGGAGAACCGAAGGUGAUCCCGGCCCCGCCCCCCAAGGAAAACGCUUGGAUGAAGCGGAGCCAGAACCCCCCAACCCCCAUCCCGGGGAAUUCCCAAGGCUCCGACUCCGAGCGGCCCGGAUCCCCCCCCAGUGGGGGCCCCUCCGGCCCCUCCCCCCCCGGGGACGACGGGG